AUGACUCCUGUGCUUCAAACGUACAUUCCGCGCGCUAAUCGGCCUCGUAGGACACCUUCGGAAACAAUGAACCAACAACACGGCAAAGCCAAAUUCUUCUCCCACGAACGCCCCUACUAUCACCCCUGUUGCAAACCCCGCGACGACGACCACCCCGUCAUUGGUGGUCAGACUGCCGAUGCCCCGCCGCCAUCGAUCUCCGCCCUGCUUCAAGCCAUGCGUCGACCACAGCGACCAGCUCCGUCAACACCACGGCCUCUCGCACGCCCCUCGUCGACGGGACCACAUCCAACAUCCUGUCAUCUACUUCCAUCAGCAUCAACACUCCGCACCUCCAGUGAUGUGGACUCGGUUCCAGCCUGUCCUCAUCGAGACCGCACAUUCAAUUCAUACAUCGGCCUGGUCGAUCACUUGUGA